CUUGUGUACUUCUCCUAUUUUCUCUUUUUCUUUUUUUCUUUCCUUCCUUCUUUCCUUUUUUCUUUCUUUCUUUCAUUCUUUUCAUUCUUUUCAUUUCUAGUCCCUCCUUUUCUUCUCUCUUCAUCAUCUUCUCAUCCUCUUUUCAUCCUCCAAGUAUCUCCCUAUUGCAACAAUACCCCCCUUCCCUCUUCCAACUCUUCCAUUUCUUUUUUCUUCUCCCCUCCCCCCGUCCUCCCUUCCUCCCCUCCUCCUUUCACACAUGUCCCACCAACGAGCCGCCUCUACAUCGUCCAUCUCCAGCGCCUUCGAUACCCAGACCAACACCAACAACGCCAGUGUCAAGUUCAAGGACGGAAUGGCCGACCAUCCGUCCUCGUCCACCUCUGCCACCACGGCCGCGACUCCGCUCGCGAUCUCCAUCCCCCGUCAGCGGUCCUUCUCCUCUUCCUUUUCGCUCUCGGCAACCUCCCCCAGGACCUUCACAGGCUCGUCCAUCAUCGCAAACCCAAGCAAUGGCUUCCUAAGCAGUCCCGGAGUUUCUGGUUCGACUACCACACCGUUCUCAGCCGCAUUCGCACCCCUGUCGCCCGCAGCCGCGACCCCUCCCAAUUAUAGCAGCAGCGUGCCCUCGGGCACCGCGGCAGGCUCGCAAACUGUCCCAGUCUUGCAUCGCAGGUUCUCGAGCAGCUUCAAUCAGUUGAAUCAAAUUGCAGGAUCCCCUCCCGCCGAUGGCACUAUCGGCUCGAAGACGACCGAGCGCGGUCGAAGAACCAGUCUGUUUGCGGGCACGUCGCCUUCCAUGGUCACCGGCACUACUGCGGAGGCGAACAAUCACGGCAGCAGCAUCAAUAACCAUUCGUCGACCUCGUCGGCCAACGGCGCCGGUAGCCUCUUCCGCAAGUUCUCGACGACAGGCAGGGCUGCGGGACAGCACCCUUUUGACAUGAACAAUGAUACAGCCCCAGUCAGUGCUGGUGCUCAGCCAAACAGUAACACCUACAUCAGUAACACUCAGCAGCAGCAGCAGCACCUAAACGCAGUCAACAAGUUGAAACCCCAGGAUAAACACUCUCGAUCGAGCAGCCCGAUGAGAAGCAUGAUUUUGAACGGACAGAUGCUGGAUUAGGGUUAAACAAGGAUGCAUGAGUGCAUCGGGGGGACCAUCCUUUCGUCGCGUUUUUUUUUCUUUCGGUCCUCUCGUUCUACCGGGUCUACUGUACACUGAUUUCAACUGUGCAUGCAGAUAACCUUCGACCCUCUCGCUUUGCCUUGGGAGUACUUUCUUUUUUUUUUUUUCACACGUAUACAGACGCUCACACAUGUGCACGUUAGCAAUUUGCUGCUUUGUUAUCACGUCCUUUUCUUUUUUCCUCACAUAACCUCCCCCACUCAAGGGUGAAGUUGUGAA